AUGGCCAGCGAGGAAAGACCUUUGGGUGUGACGCCGCCCAUCUCCUCCGCUCUCCCCACCGAAGCAGAAAACCAUGCGAUGCAAACUCUCAUCGACGAGUUACGGAGGCAGAACACCUUCGAGAGUCCUGCGGACACGCAAAAGAGGCAAGCACUAUCAUCCAAUAUACACACAUCAGUACGAGAAAAGGUUCUGGAGCAUCUCGCGCGGAUAUGCGACGAAUUCGUCAAACGAGUGGCCCGGAAGCGGGAGGAAGGCAAUGACGCCCUCAUCAGAGAUGCUAGGGGCAAGAUCUUCACAUAUGGCAGUUACCGCUUGGGUGUCUAUGGCCCAGGAUCCGAUAUAGAUACCCUCGUUGUCGCUCCGAAAUACGUCACCCGCGCCGACUACUUCGAAAUUUUCCCUGACCUGCUCAAAGAAAUGGCUCCAUCUGGCGCUAUUACAGAUAUGGCCGUCGUUGCAGACGCUUUCGUGCCCAUCAUCAAGUUCGAGUUUUCCGGCAUCAGCAUCGACCUGAUUUUCUCUCGCAUUGCCAUGCUUAAGCAACUGCCCAAGGACUUCACCGUCCAGGAUUCUGGCCUGCUACGGGGUCUUGACGAAGCAGAGUUGCGGUCCCUCAACGGUACUCGGGUGACGGACGAGAUACUCAGCUUGGUUCCUGAGCAGGCUACUUUCAAGUUAGCUUUGCGCGCCAUCAAGCUUUGGGCACAGCGACGUGCCAUCUACGCCAAUAUCAUGGGAUUCCCCGGCGGUGUGGCAUGGGCCAUGUUAGUUGCCCGUGUCUGCCAAUUGUACCCGAAGGCCGCAAGCUCCGUCAUUGUUAACAAAUUUUUUCACAUCAUGCGCCGCUGGCCGUGGCCCCAACCAGUUCUCCUCAAGCAGGUCGAGGGUGGUCCUCUCCAAGUUCGCGUUUGGAAUCCCAAGCUGCAGCUGUACAAAGGAGAUCAGUUCCAUCUCAUGCCCGUCAUUACUCCCGCCUACCCAUCCAUGUGCGCCACUUACAACAUCACUCGAUCCGCUAUGACGGUUAUCCAGCAAGAGCUCCAAAGAGGAUGCGAUAUUACAGACGCCAUCAUGUUGGGCAAAAGCCCAUGGAGUGACCUUUUCAUCAAACAUACUUUUUUCACCCAGGGAUAUAAAUACUACAUUUCUGUCAUCACUUCCAGCACAGACAAGGAAGCCCACAAGGUUUGGUCAGGCUAUGUAGAAUCCAAGGUGCGUGUCUUAGUUCAAGGCUUGGAGCAGCAUCAAUCGAUAGCGCUGGCCCAUGCGUUCAACAAGGGCUACGAACGCCGGCACAGGUGUGCGAACGAGGAAGAAGUUCACCAAGUUCAAGCGGGGAACAUGUCCUUCGUGGUCAAAGAUGACGAGGUUCAUGACACAAGUCUAGUGAACGAGGAGAAGGUCGAGACGAAAGCAGAAUUGAGCAGCAUCCCGGGGCUAAAGUCGGAUCCGGACGGUGUUUCUGGAGUCAAGAAGGAGGAAGACGACUCGACUGCCACCAAGCAAGAGACGCUAUCAGCUGCCGACAUCAAGACGGAAAAAGAGAGCAAACCGGUUCCUCCAAUCGACGUGUUCACUACCACACACUACAUAGGACUGACGCUGAGUGAAGGCGCGAAAUCGCUCGACUUGUCCUACCAAGUCGAAAAUUUCAAGUCACUGUGUACAACAUGGGAGAAGUACGACUCCGCCUUGAAUUGCUUGGCCAUCCAGCACGUGCGAAGGUAG